AUGGCCUGUCAUUUUUAUCAAAUAAAUCAGCUGGUUGUCAAACCCUUUCUGUCAAAAUUCUUAAAUUUUUUUUGUUUUUGCCGGAUUUCCCAAAAAUCUUUCUAAAUUCACGUAUUUUAAAAACAUUGAGUUGUGAAAAUAAGACUCUGGAAUUAAAUUGAAUAGGAACAAACCCUAAAUUUCCUUGUAAAAUGCCAAUCUCCCUUCUAUUUGGCAUUAACAAUGAAGGGAGAGUGUACACCUUAUCUACCAGCGGCUCUAUGUGGAGAGAACUACCUUAUAAUGGCCAAGACUUUAAGAAAUUGUCAGGAGUUCCCCAUUUCCUUUGGGGUUUGGGUGGUGACCACCAAAUUUAUGUGUAUGUGCACGGCUUAGAUAUACCUAUAAGAAUCCGAGAGGAAUCUUACGAAAAUGAGAGAUGGCUUCCAAUAGAAGGGUUCAGCUCUCGUUUACUACCUACUGAUAGAUUUCAUUUCUCCAAUGCUGAUGGCACCAUAAAUAGAUCUAUUGACACAAUUAGGCUUCCAUCAAUGGCCUGGCAUUGGGAAGGUGACUGGCAGUUGGAACUAACUUUAGAUGGACAACCUUUAGACCACAAUGGCUGGACUUAUGCAGUAGAUUUCCCCGCUCAAUUUUAUCCAAAAAAACAAUGGAAAAGCUGCGUGAGGCGUCGUCUAUGGGUUAGAACUGCCAAAUAUUGUGCCAUGAACUCUUGGUGUGCUAUCGCACCUCUCCAUAAGGAUGCCACAACAGAACCGUUUAUAGAUGUUUCAAUUGGAGGACAGAAUGUGGCAGGAGCAGAACCGGGAACUAUGUUGGUUUGGGCUGUUACGUCUCAUAAUAGAGUUAUGUUUAGGAGUGGUGUGACAACAAAGUCACCAGAGGGAGCAAAAUGGAACUACAUUCAGACACCUCCGGGGUGCGAGGUCUACCAAAUUAGUGUGGGGCCAACUGGGCUGGUUUGGGCUGUUUUACUGGAUGGUAGGGCAUUAGUAAGACUUGGCGUCGGUAGAGAUUGUUUAGAAGGUGAUACAUGGCUAGAAGUUCGAAGUCCGGGCGACAAUCUAAGAAUUACUCAACUCUCUGUUGGCUGUUCAAGUGUAUGGGCCGUAACUCAAGAUAAACAAGUAUUUUUCCGCAAAGGAGUUAAGGGCGAAGGAGCGGGCAUGAGCGAAGAAUGUGCCGCCGGUUCGGCAUGGAUUGAGAUGGUUGGACGCAUGCUUCAAUUAUCGGUGACUUCGACCGAUCAAGUGUUUUGCGUCGGCGCAGAUGACCGGAUCGUUUAUAUGCGCACCGGAGUGUGUCAGGAAGACUUGACGGGGAAACGAUGGCGGGCGAUACGGGCGCCUUUGCAAGUCAGUAGGGCCAGUAGUAAUGCUAGUCUUGGCAGAGAUAAGUUUCAUCGUAGCUUGAACCAUCUUGGGAGUCGCCCAAGCAGCAUGAUCGAGCAAUCGAACCUGUCAGAGUUCGAAGAACAGUCGCGUUCGGCCCCCAUGGCACCCACUUCGCUCCCUGUGGGAGACUACAAGUUCGAAGUUCAACCGAAACACUCGAAAGCCUGGAGCCCGGUGCACUCUGUCGGUUCGAUUGUUGGAACCGAAGUUCAUCCCGAGACAGACGAGAGUAUUUGGAGCGAAUCCAGUAGGGAUUCUUGUAUAUUCGCCGAGGACGACGAGAUGGGAUGGGCCGAGUAUGAUGCUCCAUGGUCUUGGGUUGAAGCCGGAACCUGCUUAAUAGAUUCAAACCAACCGCCAAAUUGGUUCGCCGAUUCCAACUGCGGUGCCAUGCAAGAAGACUUCGAGCAGCCUUGGCGAAACAAAAUUCUAUUCGACCUGAAAUCCCGUCUGCCCAAUAAAGAGAAAUUCAGUUUAUACCCUCCCGCGGUCGAUACCACUUCGUGGGUACACAAAGGCGAAGCCAGAGUCAAUUUAAGGUCUUCCGCAUUCGUUGAUUGCAUUUUAGAGUUAGAAUGGAUUCAGACCACCGGAACUUUAACUAUACUGAAUCCAGAUGGGGCAACUGAUAUGCAUUCUUUUACUUUGAGCGACAUUACGUGCGUUCAGUUGAGCAGCGAACCAGGAAAUCCCAGAUUAUCCAUACAUACUCCCAGAAACCGUAUUCCGAUAGUUUGUUUGCAAUUUUCUAGCGACACCUUGCUUGAGGAAUGGCAAACACAUUUGACAACUACGUGUGGAAAACUUCGAGACGCUCAAGGUAAACCAAGUGACGAAAGUAUAUGGGCCGUGACCAACUUGGGAGACAUAUUUGUCUGGGAUCCCACUCAGCUUGAAAGCAAUCAGCUUCGAGAGGACGAUUUUUACGUUCAAAAGUUUGAUCUUAGCGGUAAAGAGUGUCCUAUCAAAGUUAAUCUGCAUGUCGGGUGCAUUCCUGGAACGAUUUUAACACUCACAGGAUGCGUUGGUGAUGAAGCCGAACGUCUGGGAUUUAACUUAGAAGUCCCCGUGUCUUAUAAAAGUAGGCAUAAAGCUUUUACGGAGCUCGAAAAUGUUUGCCUACAUAUAAACCCGAGGUUUUCAGAGGAGGUAGUAGUAAGAAACUCUAUGACCGACGGAAAGUGGGAUAAGGAGGAAAAAGAGGGUCAGAUCCCCUUUGUGAGAGGACAAGAGUUUAAGUUGCAAAUUGAAAGUACCGAGGAUGCUUUUUGCCUUAUUGUAAACGAUAAAAAGUUUACCAGUUUUAGGCAUCGGAUAGCUCCUCAUUCUGCGAGUAUUCUUCAUCUAUGGGGCAAAAUGCAACCAUUUAAACUGAUAAUAAAAAGCCCUACGAUAAUAGUGGAUCCCCUGGAACUAUACUGGAGGCAAAUGGGUGGUCAUUUGAGAAGAGUCGAGUCUUGUAAUGCAGGCGUUACUUGGGGGAUAGGUUAUGACCACACUGCUUGGGUAUAUACGGGGGGUUGGGGAGGCGGUUUCCUCGGCACUCUGGAUACCAGCAAUGUCCACCCGAUGACAGACUCCCAGGACUAUCGCGUAUAUGAAAACCAAAGAUGGAACCCGGUAACCGGAUACACCGCUUCCGGUUUGCCCACGGACAGACACAUGUGGAGCGACGCUUCCGGCAAACAGAAGCGGCUCAAGGAUCAAGUGAAACUUUUGUCGUCCAGAUGGCAGUGGGUGUCCGAUUGGAUGGUCGAUUUCCACGUGCCGGGUGGGGUGGACAAAGAGGGGUGGCAGUAUGCGGUCGAUUUUCCCGCCACUUAUCAUGCUAAUAAGCAGUUUACCGAUUUGGUUAGGAGAAGACGUUGGUACAGAAGAUGUGCCAUAGCGACCACAGGUCCCUGGCAAGAAUUAGGCCAUACAAAACUAUUAGACGUAUCAUUAGAACCAGUUAGUGACGAUCCAGAUACGAGGAUUUCCGUUUGGGCUUUGGCCUCGGGUGGCCAAGCCAUGUUUAGGGUUGGAACUUCCAGGGAAAAUCCUCUGGGUCAUAUUUGGGAACACGUUACGACCGACCAACCGUUAAGCAGUUUAAGUUGUGGACCCUUCAAUCAGGUAUGGGCGACGGGUAAAAAGGGGUGCGCAUACUUCAGAGUGGGGAUUAAAGUAGAUCUGUUGCAAGGUGAAAGGUGGAUUUGUGUGGAACCUCCGGCGGGUGUUCAACUGAAACAGAUCUCUGUAAAUGCGGCUGGCAUAUGGGCCGUAGAUACUUUGGGCAGAUUAAACGUAAGGAAAGAGGUCACUUCGACUUUUCCAGAAGGAACUCAUUGGCAGAACAUUGUGGCUGAUCCGCCUGUCUUAAAUUCUGCUCCUCAUACUAAAGGCUUUAAACAUGUGAGCGUAGGCAAAACGGAAGUGUGGGCGAUAACUGAUGGUGGUGCCGUUAUUAGGCGAGUCGGUAUUUCGAAGGAGAAUCCGGCUGGUGCUGGUUGGGAUAUAGGAAUUGCCGGAAAUUGGCAACACAUUAGUAUCAGAGCCUUUAGAUAGUUGCUUUACACUUGGAUGAUUUUAUUUUUUAUUGUGAUCUACGUAAGAAAACUUAUUAAUUAAGAUUUAAAGUUCUCUGCAUUCCUUUUUGACUCGUUAAACAUAAUCUUUAAAGUAUUAUUUGCUGCAGCAGAUUUUAUGUCGAUUUGUUGACUUAUUUAAAUUUUAAGACUGUAUUACUAUGUCUGAGUAGAUUAACUUAUUUUUUAUUUAUAUUUUAUUUUAUUUUAAAGCUUUUGUUGUUUGUUGUAGCUUUUUAUAUAAAAUGACUAAACUAGGAUCCAAAGAAUUAAAUAAAACAAAUAUUUUAACUCA